AUGUCUAGUUCUCAACAACAAUUCAUAUCCGAUGAAUUGUCACAGUUACAGAAAGAAAUAGUUUCCAAAAACCCACAGGAUGUGUUACAGUUUUGCGCCAACUAUUUUAACACCAAGUUACAAGCUCAAAGAAGUGAGUUAUGGUCGCAACAAGCUAAAGCAGAAGCUGCUGGUAUCAAUUUAUUCCCAGUAGUUGAUCAUGUGAAUGUUAAUUCUAGUGGUGUGAGUAUUGUGAAUGAUAGACAACCAAGCUUUAAAUCACCAUUUGGUGUUAAUGAUCCACAUCUGAAUCAUGACGAAGAUCCACAUGCCAAAGAUACAAAACCAGACUCUUCUGCAAUUGCUGGGGGCAUUUUCAAGUCAAAUUUUGAUGUUAAAAAGAGUUCUUCUAAUCCUCCUGCCAAGGAAGUGGACCCAGAUGACCCAUCAAAACCAUCACCAUCAAACCAGCCAAUACAACAGUUGCCAUCGUCAUCAACAACAACAACCUCAUCAUCAAAGAUUCCGGUUGCUUUUAAUGCUAAUAGAAGAACAUCAGUGUCUGCUGAAGCCUUGAACCCAGCAAAGUUGAAAUUAGAUAGCUGGAAACCUCCAGUUAAUAAUUUAAGUAUUACCGAAGAAGAAACAUUAGCCAACAAUUUAAAGAACAAUUUUCUUUUCAAGCAAUUGGACGCAAACUCAAAGAAAACUGUGAUUGCUGCUUUACAGCAAAAGUCAUUCACUAAGGAUACAGUAAUCAUCAAGCAAGGUGAUGAAGGGGACUUUUUUUAUAUUAUUGAAACUGGUACAGUUGACUUUUAUGUUAAUGGUGCUAAAGUGAGCUCCAGCAGCGAAGGGUCAUCCUUUGGGGAAUUGGCAUUGAUGUAUAAUUCACCUAGAGCCGCUACAGCAGUUGCAGCCACUGAUGUUGUAUGCUGGGCCUUGGAUCGUUUGACAUUCCGUCGAAUCCUCUUGGAAGGUACUUUCAACAAGAGAUUGAUGUACGAGGAUUUCUUAAAAGAUAUCGAGGUUUUGAAAUCUCUUUCAGAUCAUGCCCGCUCAAAAUUGGCAGAUGCAUUGAGCACAGAAAUGUAUCACGAGGGUGAUAAAAUAGUCACUGAAGGUGAACAAGGAGAAAACUUUUACUUAAUAGAAAGUGGAAACUGUCAAGUUUACAAUGAAAAGUUGGGCAAUAUCAAACAAUUAACCAAAGGUGAUUAUUUUGGUGAACUUGCAUUAAUAAAAGAUUUACCACGACAAGCUACUGUGGAAGCAUUGGACAAUGUAAUUGUUGCCACAUUAGGUAAGUCCGGGUUCCAAAGAUUAUUGGGUCCUGUUGUGGAGGUAUUGAAAGAACAAGACCCUACAAAGAGUCAAGACCCAACUGCUGGUCAUUAA